GUUUUGUUUGGUUUGGUUAUGGUGGCAUGACAGCGUUCUACACAAGUGUGGAAGAGGCGAACCACACUCAGCCAGCGCAGCGAGGCACCGCCCUCUCGACGGCAGCUCCUCUCCAUGUGCCACGCCGCGCGACAUCACGCCCAGGCAGAGGCCAGAUCAGUAAAGGACACGUCAAGGCAACAAGCACUACCCGAGCAAAGGGAGGUGAAGGUGACGGAAACCAAGUAGGCGGCCAGCAGUGUGGGGUGGAGUGGUGGGUAGAAGAGAUAGAAGAACGCAGGGCUGCCUCUGUCUGUGUAUUGCAGUUCGAAUGGCGGACCUCUGAUCACCGUCCGACAUCAGUCAGCACAAAUAGGGAGUGCCAAAUCGACGCAGGAGCGAAACUAGAGUUGAAGUCAACGACACGAGGUGGCUACAGCGAUUAAAUUCCAGCACAGACAAGACAAGGAAGGAGAAACGUAAGAGGAAGGGCCUCCAAAGAGCGCGCGGUUGUUGUUCAGAGCUUCCACUCUGACUUGCACGCAAAACAAAUACGAGCACGCACGCACGCACAACAGAUUGCAGGACUGAGAUUGCAGCCAUCGGGUUGUUGUCAGCUCUGCGAUUGAAGUUCGGAGGGAGUUGUGGCACGGGAUAGGAAGUGUCCGAUUCCUCGGGUUUGUGGGUCUGGCUGUCCACGACGCUGCGGAGUGUGCUCGUCUCCCUGCCUCUCGCCUUUUGCUUUAUCUCCCCUUUCUUUCGCGUUGCUAGCGGCUCGUUCGUUCCGGUCUUGUCCGACUGGUCUCCACUUCCCCGUCGGUAAGCAGCUCCGCUCUCCGUCUGCCUUCUGACGUGAACCGCGAUUCUGGUCCUACUGCACUUCUGAUCUUCCCUAUCUACUCUGAGCAGGGCAGCAUGUGAACGACUGCCAACGUCCAGGGAGUACUUUGACGGCAAGGCCUUGCCCAAUACUAUCCCUCUAAUUGGCACGGGCGUGUUGAACGCUGUUGCGUUUUGGUACGUAAAGCACGCUUGACAAGCAGGCGUCGAGCACCUAGGACGCUCCAUAUUUUGGCAUUUCGAAGGGUGUGGGGCACGCGCGUUCGGGCCUCCGCGAGCGAGUGCACAGAGAGAGAGAGAGAGAGAGAGAGAGAGAGAGAGAGAGAGAGAGAGAGAGAGAGAGAGAGAGAGAGAGAGAGAGAGAGAGAGAGAGAGCGCGGGAGAGAGAGAGAGAGAGAGAGAGAGAGAGAGAGAGAGAGAGAGAGAGAGAGAGAGAGAGAGAGAGAGAGAGAGAGAGAGAGAGAGAGAGAGAGAGAGAAACCGCGUCCACGUCUCCUCAGAUGGAAGGAGAACAAAAGGCCGGGGGUUAUUCUCCGUUAACCGCCGGCGAGCAAGAAGCGAAGGCGGGAGCUGCCGGGGGUAAUCUUCAAGAAGCGACGGUGAACGGGAGUGAGGGCGUUGCAGGGGAGAACGGAGUGACAGAAGCUGCGGCGAAUGCGAACGGUAAUGCUGUGGUGGGAGCCGUAGGGUCUGCUCCUACUCCUCCUACGCCUUUAGAGGAACAGCCAGGUGGAGAGAAGAACGAAGGCAAAGAAGGGGCGGUGAAAGAAAGGGCUGUUUCGAUGGAGGAUGCUGGCGGCGCGAAGCCUGGCAAGGCGGUGUCAGACUUGUCGGUGGACAGCUCCGGCGGGGCCAAAGAGUCUGACGCGAUUGAGGAUUCAAACGAACACGACAAGAAGGCAUUGAUGGAGUUGCGCCAACGACUCGAAGAGUUAGCAGCAGAAGGGAAAGAUGAAGCAAUGCCGGUGGAACUGUGGGGAGUUCCACUGAAAGCUUCUGCUGGGGACGAGAGAACGGAUGUAAUACUGCUGAAGUUCUUAAGGGCGAGGGAUUUCAAGGUAGAGGAGGCGCUGAAAAUGCUGAAGAACACGCUGGAGUGGAGGAAGAAUUAUUCAGCGGAUACUCUGUGUGAGGAAGAGUUUGACAAAGGUCUGGACAAGGUGUCUUUCAUGCUUGGGAGAGACAAAAUCGGCAAUCCUGUCUGCUACAAUGUCUAUGGAGAAUUCUCGGACAAAGAGCUGUACGAGAGGACGUUUGGAACUGAUGAAGGGGUAGAUAAAUUCAUUCGAUGGAGGCUGUCGGUUAUGGAGGAAGGUGUGAAGAUGCUCGAUUUCCGACCGCAGGGCUGCUGCCACAUCUUGCAAAUACAGGACAUGAAGAGCGCUCCGUCUCCCUUCAAGAACAAGGAACAGCGCAUAGCUACAAAGAGGACUCUCCAUCUACUUCAGGAUCACUACCCUGAGCUGGUCCGCCGAAAGAUCUUUAUAAAUGUGCCCUGGUACUUCAGUGUGGUCUAUAAUAUGAUUAAUCCGUUCCUCACGGAGCGCCAGAAGAGCAAAUGGGUCCUUGCAUCGCCAGGGAAGGUGACGGAGACGCUGCUCAAGUAUAUCCCAGCGUCAGAGCUCCCCGUAAAAUACGGAGGUGAAAGGCAGGUUGGAGCGAAAAAGGUUGAGAGUAUAGGAACUGCAGAGUCGGAACCCUGGGUUGCUGCAGCCUAAAUGCACACACAUGAAUGCGUGCGGGGACUCUAAUACAAGGUGUUAUGUCCAGGCGGUGGAGGGAAGACGAAGAGUUUGCCACGUUCUUUUCAAAGAAGGCAAGUUUUGCAAGUACUGGACAGAGAAACGUUUGUACAGACUCAGGGUCCAGGGAAGUGCUCGGUCGUGACAGGUGGAGAAACUACCUCUUUAAACCGUUUGUUGGUGGACCAUGCGUUCUUGAAAGCUAAAUAAUGGUGUGCACAGAUGUCGUUGAUAAAGGGAUUUGUCCUCAGGAAAGAUUAGGCCAUAUAAUUCGUCAUCUGCCGAAGAUGCCGUGCAAGUGCAACCUGUCACAUCUGUCUUGCUGCGGGACUAUUUUGGAAUUAGGAAACUUUCUAGAACAUACAAUAAGAGGACGCACAGAUGAAGUGUAGGGGAGGAAGCUGCAGAUCAGCGCUUUCCUGCGGGUGCAGUCUGGAAAGACGACUAUAGAGUAAUAGUGUAUUAGAUUGAGAGAGAGAGAGAGAGAGAGAGAGAGAGAGAGAGAGAGAGAGAGAGAGAGAGAGAGAGAGAGAGAGAGAGAGAAUUCUUUAUAGAGAAUAGGUGCUCCCAUUGUUGGACAGAAGCUUAUUAUGGGUGGCAGAGGUGGUUGUUGUUAUUCUGGGCCAUCUGACGUAUACAUAAGGAAGGCUAGGGCGGAGAGCAAACCAAACUUUCCUUUCCUUUGUGGGGGUUGCCGUGCACAGUCUCAUUGAUUCCUCAUAUAUCUCCUGCAUAUAUGAUUAUUUCAUAGAAUGCCUUUUUAGGCUUUUUUGCUGGUUCCUAUUUAUUUGCCUGUUGAUAGUAUCCUUGACUUAGGAAAAGAGAUUGCUUCUCCGUCAGGAUUAGUCGAGAAGAUGGCGGACGGAUGACUAUGGUGGUUUGCGGUGGCAGUGACACUCUGUCUGUGGUGCAUGCAAUUUGCCCGUUGGUUUCGGUACGUAAUGUGGGGCGUCACCGCGGAAUGCCGCUAGCAUUUAUUUUUUCUAUAGUAUCCUGCCACCGGAUCUUUGCCGUUGGAUUCGACAAUAACUAUUCCUGCCAACACUGUGAUCGCAUUUUUGCCAUAUCUUUCGGCUUGUACGGGCACGGGCAUCUGUCAGCAACAGCAGUCCUAUGGGAUUUCCCGUCGGGACACGUUCCGUGGACUUGCCAUGCAUACGGUGUGCGCGGCUAGGUGCGCCUUUGGAAAGCAUAUCGAGACAAGGAUGGAGGAGAUGACGAAGAAAUCGAGCGAGCGUUUGUUGAGAAAGGUCUACCGUCUUCCCCCGGUUCCCCGGUACACAGUGCACCCUGAUCAUGAAAUGUAUACAAGCUACGUUUACAGUCCAAUACAGGCAUGAUGUAACAGCUGUGUCGGGAAAGUUAUAUAUUUUUGGACAUAUCAAGAAGCGUGGAAACAAGUGUCGUGUCGUUUUUCUGUUGUGUAUCAUCUGUUGUGAAGACGAGCAUUCUUUCUCGAACAAAGAUGGUCGUAAAAGUAGCCUCUUCCUUUUUUAUAUGCAUCGGGAAUGCGAAGCUUAAUCAAUUUCCAAACGCUCU